CUUCCAUAAACACAUUCAUGAAUACAUAAAGUAUGAAGAAUAUUGUCUUCAAAGAGAAAAUUAUAAUGAAUAUGCGAAUAAAUGUAAAUUACUUGAAUUAGUAGAUGAAAAUGAGGAAACGAAAGUUAACACUAUUUGUUUAAGAUUUCAAUGUUUAAUGAAUUACAUUUUGAAACAGUAUUUUUCGCAAAAUACCCAAAUUAAACAUGUUCAUUUGGAAUACUUGAACUAUUGGUUAAAUAAUGAAUUACAUAAUAAUUAUGCCGACAUUUUUCCAAAAGAAUUGUACCAGCAUAUGAAAGUGCAUGAUACGAGUAAUACAUUAUUAUCUAAUUUAGAUAGUAUAUUGAGUAAUAUGAAUGAUGAUGAGAUCAAAAAUAUGAGUUUGUUAUUUUAUUUAUACAGAGAUUGUGUUCACAUUGUAAAUGUAACAACUGGAUAUGUUGUAAACGAAAGUUUUGCUAUGAAAAAUGAGAAGCAUUGUGCUGAUAAAUACAAAGAACUUGAACAGAAAUGUCCUAAUGAAAAAACUGCAUCAUUUUGUAAAGCAUUUUGUGCUUUCAAAAAAAAGUAUAAAAGCAUUGAUUUCAAAAUUCCAAAAUUAAAAGACAUGGAAAAGAAAGAAAAAAAUGAAAUAAAAAAGCGAAGAUA